UAUUGGACACAUCCCAUGGGUUUUUUAAUGCAAUUUAAACGUAAUAAUCUAAAUUAUAGCCCUCCAAUUUGCAUACCAUCCUUUAGAAACACUGUGAUGUUUUGCUAUGCAAUUGGACAGGCAGCCACGGUGCUCAAGACCUCCGAAUGUCACCCUAGUGGACAAAGGGCAUGGUCCUAUUUGAGCAGACAGCGACCUCAACAGUGGACAAAGGGCACGGUCCUAUUUGAGAAGGUGGUGACCUUACUGGAAGCAAGGAAAGCAGAAAUACUCGUUUGAAAAGUAGAAAUCUGAGAAAUCUCCCCUGUGAAUACCAGGAGUAACUCAGUAGUGUAGCUAAGAGUAACCACGGGAGCAGAGUUUCGCCCACUGUUCAUUUCUAGCGCCGUGCUGCAUAGCCACUUCUCCCCGGCGGCCUCUGCCGAGAGGCUUUGCCGCCGCAGCACGGUGCGACCUAAAGCCAAAGUGACUUCUGUGCCUGUCCCCUGCCUACCGCACGCUCUGAUACCGAGGAAAAUAGAUGACUCAUCUCUGCGGUGAGUAAUCGCUCACGUUCCCAUUCUUUCUGGAUGCUGCCCAUUUGGCACACACGAGCAAAAAAAUCCCCGUGCUCCCAAGCCAGCCCUCCCAGAGCUGCGGCCGUGCCGCCGUGCUCCGAGCGAGGGCUGCCUGCGAGCGGGGCCCUGCGCCUACCCCGGCAGCAGCGGGAGGCUGAAGGUGAUUCUCUUGGUUCCCCCCUCCGCAGCUGGAGGAGAGGGUGGAGUUUGGGGUUGCAUGUGUUGAGCAGGGGCUGCAGAAGCUGUGCGAGGCCUGUGGGGGCAGUUUUGGAGGAGGGGCCACAAGAUGAUCUCCGUCGCUAACGCUGCUCCUACCCCCGCUAUCCCCAUUCCGUCGCCAUCCCCAUCAUCCCCCAUCGAUCCUCACCAUCCCCAGCCCCUCUAGUCCUCAUCAUUCCCACUCCCACUAUCUUCAUAAUCUCUAUCCCACCCCACCAAACGCCUUAUCUCCAACUCCACCUCCAUUCCCCCGCUUCCCGUUCACCUCCUCCCCGGCGGUUUCCGGGCCUGGGGGGCGCGGCGACACCACCCCUGCUCCCUCCCCAGCGCCCUCCCUUCCCUCUCUUCGCCCCGCCCGGGGCGCGGCCACCUCCCGCCGCCCUUACGGGAAGAGCGGCCCCGCCCCGUCCCGGCGAGGGGGCGGAGCCGCUAUAAGAGCCGCCGCCAGCCUCCCUGCCCUCUACUCUCCCUGGAGCCGUCCGCUCAGCCCUGGCUGUGACUGCUCCCGCUCCGCCGCUUGCCGCCCUCCGUCGCUGCCCCGCCGCCAUGAUCGUGGAGAGCAGCCGGGACGCGGCCCCCGAUGGCGGCGACGGCGGAGCCCUCAGCAGCCCCAUCAACCUCGCAUAUUUCUACGGGGCCUCACCCCACUCCAGCGAGGGCAGCUGCUCGCCAGCGCACUCCGCCCCGGGCUCGCCGGGCUCCGACUCGGAUCUGUCGGUGAGCAGCAGCCGCGGCGGCCGGAGGGACCCCCGGGGCAGUUCCCGCCCCCCGCUGCAAGUUGAACAGCACAUGGGGGGUGGAAAACAGCACAGAGGACCUUUCCAGGGAGUCCGUGUGAAGAACUCCGUGAAGGAGCUGCUGCUGCACUUCAGGAGCAGCAAACAGAUGUCCUCGGGCUCUGCUGCGGAGGAAAGCAAGGCACAAGGAGGAUUGGUCAACUACGAGCACUAUACAGAACUGAAGAGCAUCCUAGGUCAUAGUGGCAAAAGAAAAGCUCCUGAACACCUUUCUGAUGGACCUUCUUUCAAACGCCAAGCUAAUGUGCACCCACAUCUCCUGACACCACCCCAGACGCCAACUUCUAUGGACAACAUGGAAGAGAGUCAGAAAAACGACCUGAAGCAUGACAGCACUUCUGAUCUGCUUCAGAACAUUAUCAACAUCAAGAAUGAGUCAAGCCCUGUUUCUCUGAACACGGUGCAGGUUAGCUGGUUGCACCCUGUCUCCAGUCACAGCUCACCUGGUGAGCAGUACCAGGACAGCCCAGGAACACAGGCUUUCUCCCCAUCCCAGAAGUACCAAGCAUUCCAGGAUCACACCUCCCAGCAUAUGCUUGAUCCGCCACAGCACUACCAGUUCCCUCCAUCCCAGAACCAAGAUUUGUCACAGAGCUAUCCUUCAGAUGCUUCUCUGGAGUACAGGCCAUUUGCUGCUAAUGACCAGUCUCCUGGCUACCAGCAGAAUACCUUUGAGAGCCAUGAACUGCAGUACUGCCCAUCACAGAGCUUCUCCUCUCUUUUAAAUGACUCUGAAGGUUCGGAGGGCAUCUCCACUCCGCUCCAGCCACUGACCGGUGCCCAUCCACAGGCUGAUGUUGGCCCACAUGCUCCAAACUUCGGCUUGCUCUCCAGCAACAUCUGUGGUAAUCUGGAGCGCAGCGUCUCCUUGGCUGCUUUGAAUGUUUCUCUGCCUGACCAGAACAUCACCAGAAGCACGACACAGCUGGGCAAGUCAUUUUUUCAAUGGCAAGUGGAGCAGGAAGAAAACAAACUGGCUAACAUCUCUCAAGACCAGUUCCUUGCGAAAGACUCAGAUGGAGACACCUUCCUUCACAUUGCUGUUGCCCAGGGUCGACGAGCACUCUCCUACGUUCUUGCAAGGAAGAUGGCUGCCCUGCACAUGCUGGAUAUUAAAGAGCACAAUGGCCAGAGUGCUUUCCAGGUUGCUGUGGCUGCCAAUCAGCAUCUCAUUGUGCAGGACCUGGUUAGCUUGGGGGCUCAAGUCAACACCACAGACUGCUGGGGUAGAACACCAUUGCAUGUUUGUGCUGAGAAGGGGCAUGCCCAGGUGCUUCAGGCAAUUCAAAAGGGAGCCAUGGGAAGCAACCAGUAUGUGGACCUUGAGGCAACAAACUAUGAUGGUUUGACAGCAUUGCACUGUGCUGUUCUGGCCCAUAAUGCUGUGCUGCAUGAACUGCAGAACAGUCAGCCACCUCACUCCCCUGAGGUCCAGGAGCUUCUGCUGCGAAACAAGAGCCUGGUAGAAACCAUCAAAACUCUGAUACAGAUGGGAGCAUCUGUUGAAGCAAAAGACCGCAAAAGUGGUCGCUCAGCUUUACAUUUGGCAGCAGAAGAAGCAAACCUGGAGCUCAUCCGCCUGUUUUUGGAGCUGCCCAACUGUCUCUCUUUCGUUAAUGCAAAGGCUUACAAUGGCAACACAGCACUGCAUGUGGCUGCCAGCCUGCAGUAUCGGGUGAGUCAGUUGGAUGCUGUGCGCCUGCUAAUGCGGAAGGGAGCUGAUCCGAGUGCCAGAAACUUGGAGAAUGAGCAACCAGUUCAUCUGGUUCCUGAUGGCCUUGUAGGAGAACAGAUAAGACGUAUCCUAAAAGGGAAGGCAAUUCAGCAGAGAAUGUCGCCGUUUUGAGCUCCAUGUUUCUUGGAGUUCAGCAACUCACACUCACUGUCAGUCAGGCAGUCCUAAUGUAUCUGUAAAUAGACCAUUUGCCUGGUGUGGGCAAAUGUUAGUUGUUUCUAUGAAACAAAAGUAUUUUGUUCACUAUCAUAUAGUGGGUUAUACAAGAGUUAACCCCCACCUCCCCAUAAAACCUUAAAACUCAACAAUCAAAUUUCUAUGAGCAAGUGGCAAUGUUUCAUUUCCAAGUAGGUGGAACAUUUGCCUGGAUACCUGGAUUUCAUGGCUACAGCAAGACAGGUUUCAUUUAAACAGCCAUGCAGAUAACUUCUGGACAAGGGCAAUUCUACAGGAAACCUUGUUAUUUUGAAAGAGCUGAUACUCGUCAACAUUGCAGAGUUUGUUGCUUGUUGUUGUGUUUUUACUAACACUUAAAUAUUAAGUGCAAGAGAAAGCAAAUAUUUUUGAAGUUGAACGUUUAUUUAUGUAACUUUGUAGCUUUUCUUCCAGUGUCUCCUGCAGGAUUGUAUAUAGUCACUGACAUUAUUGUACAGCUGUAUAGUUCUAAGCAUCUCUUGAUGGCUUGGGGAAUGAACUGAAGAAACAAACUCUUUUCAACUUGCAAACUGAAUUUUAAUACAGUACUAGUGCAAAGUGGGUAAAUUCUGUUGUUCAGAAAGACUGAAAGUACAGAUAAACUGUCUCUAACACUGAUUUGUGCAUGCUCUUGGAGUUGUUACUAAAACAGGAAAAGACAUGCAUCUGCAGGGGUCUUGCAUCAGUGUUUCUUGUACCCAGUAGAGGUGUUCUGUUGAUGGGCCAAUAGACUUGAGGCAGAAAGACUAUGCCUUUUAUAGUGUGUGUAUAACUACUGUACUUCAAGGAGUACAGUCCCAGUUCGGUGGAAGUAUUUAGCAUGUACUCAAUGUAUGCUGAAAUCUCUGCGUGUUCACUGUAAUACUUCAAUAUGUGUCAGGCCCACUAGUGUUAGUAGGACUUAAGCACAUGCCUAAGUAGUUUGCUGAAUUGGGCUCUAGUUAAUUCUAGAGACUUAGUGUUUCUCACCUCCUAAGCAGAGUUAGUCCGUUUGUGGUUUUACCUUAUAGGUAUAGUGGCUAAGCCAAGGAAUAUUUGAAGUUAACACUCUUCUGUUUUCUAAGUAAUCAUGAGUACUAAUGGAAAACAUAUGCUAAUGAUGCUGUAUACUUGUGUUGGAGAAAACUUACUGCUGUCACUUCCUGAAUGAUCCAUGCUCAGCUGUAAUGCAGUGAUAUGUUCUUUGUAUGGUCUUUGCUCUCUGUUUGGUUCUGCGUCACACACAGAAUUCUCUGCCAUAACUGUUUAAUUACUUAGUCUGUGCUGUUUCAACAAAGUAUGUCUUGUAGACAAGCUACUUGGGAAAAAUCUGAUAUGUGGAGGCCAAGUUGUGAUGUAUUUCUUGAAAGGUCUCGUGUAACUUGUUAAAAUAAACAUGCUAAUGAAA